AUGGCAACUUCGCAAGGGCAGCAAGACCGGCAGCCGUCUGGCUUGCUCUUGAAUCUCAACUCCAACAAUCCUUUCCGCAAUCGCGCUGCAUCGCCCGCCGUUGCUGCUUCUCCCCCGCCGCCUGUCUCUCCUUUCGACGACCCCCCUCCGCGCCCGCUUUCGCGUAACCCUUUUCUCGACCCCGCCAUCACGAGCAGAGCCAGCUUUUCCAACAUGCGGUCAUCGUCGGAGCUUCCGCCUCUCGAGAAACGACCAUCGCUCACGGCUGAGGAGAUUUUUGGCUCUUUGAGUCUCGAGGACACGCCAGCGACUUCGAAAGCCCCGCCGCGUCCAGGCCCUCCGAACCCUUCUCAAGGUCCGCCUAAAGAUCGCCGACCCCCUCCUCCUCCUUUCCGCGAAGGCAUUCCUCCCCCUCCUCCCGGACGCCGUGGCCCUCCCCCGCCGAAUCAUCGCCCGACCCGAUCCCAGGAAGAGGCCCUUCGUGCUCGCAAAAUGCAAGGUGCGCCGGACAAACACGGGCACCCAGAACCUCCUCGUUCGCCUCAUAGGCGUCCAGAGCGGCCCGACCGACCUGAGCGGCGUCCACGCCGGAACUCGGAAUCAUCCAUUAUGGAUUCUAGCAGGACCAUGACCGAGGAGGAGAGGAGAGAGCGCGAGCGCCGGCGCGAGCGCGAGCGUAGGCACAAGGAGAUGAAGCCCAAGCCGAGCCGCAAGCUCGACAUUAUUGACCAGCUGGAUGCAACCAGCAUUUAUGGCACAGGAAUUUUCCACCACGACGGACCCUUCGAUGCCUUGAACCCUCACCGCAACCGGCAAGGCAGCCGGCGCGCUCCUAUGCAAGCUUUCCCUGAAGGCUCUUUGAACAACACCAUUGGUGGUCCCGGCCCUCUUAACUCGCGACCUGAUCAUUCGAACUUAUUUGGUCAUGGCGACGAGGAAGCAUUCUCAGAGUGGUCCAGCAGUGGCAAGGAUCGGAACGGUGAAUACUCCAGCAAGACUGAAGUGCCCGUGUUUGACCCUCUCAGCCGCGGUACCGUCCUUCACGGCGACGAAUCGCUCGGUCUCGGCACGUCGACCUUCUUGGAAGGCACGCCAGCUGCCCGUUCGGCGAUCGAGGAACGCGAAAAGGAACGCCAGGCGCAGUUGAUGAACGAGGGUCUCCAGCGCAAGAAGUCUCUUGCCCACCGUAUUCGCAAUAUUAAGGGAGGCAAUCGCGAACCGACCAGGUUCGGUUCUUCCGACUCGUACGUGCGUAAGCAAUCCGAGAGUGGUCCUUCGGGCAACAACCCUUUCUUCAACUCCGAGUAUAGAGGUGGCGAUGAGGGUUUCUCGGUGCGGAAGGCUGAGGCACCUGGUAGCCCCAAGGGUGGUAACAUCGGCGUGGCACUUGAACGCCGAGCCACCGCCGACGGUACGGUCACCGCCGGUAGCGAGGAGACCGCGCGUCCUAUUCCCCCUCCCCCGCCUUCGAAGCCUACCGGUCUGCUUGGUCGCAUGAAGAGUCUGAAGGGUCGGCGGAAGCCUCCUGCACCACCGGAUGCCGAUGCUGGGGCCAUGCCGGGCACAGCGAUUUAG